AUGAUUACACGCCCAACCUUCUUGCAACUGCCGCCACCCCCUCCUCCGCCCGUGCCGGUCCAAGUACCGCCGCCGAUGCCGAUGCCUAUGGCACCGCAGCCAAUCUACCCAGUGGCCUACCCGCCUCAUCAGUACUAUCAUGUGCCGUCCCAGGCGGCCGCUCAGUACCAGCAUCAAGCCUACGGAAACUUUGCCGUUCCUCUGUGUCCCGUCAACGGCCAACACCAACACCCGCAAGCGGCUUCUCAUAACCAGCCGCAGAACCAUCGUUGGACGAAUUCCCGAGGGCAUCAGCGACCUCAGCCUGCAGCCAGCGGACGACCUUCACUUGCCCGCAGGCUUUUCAGCAUGUUCAACGCGCCUGUCGGAAGAGCGUCGACCAUCGCAAGCUCGGAUGAUGAAUCGAUUUCCAAUUCCUCUUCAACUCGUGCGCAAGGUUACGAAAGAUCCAGAGUCUCAUUGACAUCCAUCAGCACUCCUCCUUCCCCAGUGGCACGAGAGGCCAAGAUCAAGUCUCAUACGUCGCAAGCGGAACAGAACGUUGCUUCCCCUGCCAUGGCCACCGUACGCAGCGACGACUUUGUUGCACCUACGGAGAGGAUAGACGGCCCUUCCAGGCAAAAGGAACGAAAUUCCGCCACAGCAGUUCAAGGAGACUUGGUCGAAGGUGUAGAAAUCAAGGAAACGACCACGACAAGAAAGGGAAAGGAGAAAGCAACGCUCGAUACGAUGAAGGAUGGUCUGGCAGUUGGACAUCACAGCCAAGACUGCCUUGAUGAAGAGAUUCGCCACAGCCCGCGCAAUAUCAAGCCAAUACGCAGCGCCCUCAAGAAGACAAGCAAACCUGCACUGGCGGUUAAGGAGGACAGCCCACGCAAGCAAACGCAAGCUGGAGAGACCGCGAAAACUUCUGAGCCUUUCAACGUCAGCCGUCCCGUAACAUCAUCCAUGGCCGUGGAGAGAAGUCCGCGCAACACUCCAAAACAGAAUCAACACGACAAGAAAGCGAAACGCAAGGUCCAGGCCGAGAGCCCACAGGAAGCAAGAAAGCGUCAAAGAGAGCCCUUGGAAGUGACGCUUCGUACGGUUGAGACGGCGGGACAGCCUGACUUCCUCUUCAGCCAACCCAGCUUCUCCUACCUCUCGAAGAUUCUCAACAUGAUGAUGGAGAUAGAUCUGGAUGAUUCUUCAGACAGUGCUGAUGACGACUGGGAGAAUAUAGACCAGCGAUUCGACAUCCCGCAGACCCCGUCGACCACCAGCGACGAGGCUCCCCAGAAUCGCGCCCACAUCCAAGACGACAGCGAGGUCGAGAGCAGCGACAAUGAGCCUGUUGCUAGAGACAUAGGCGACCUCGUCCCCCGCCCGAAGCCCGGUGGCUACGAGAGUCGAGUCGAGCAGAUUCUCUACGAGAACCCAUCCAUGCCUAUCCUCAUUACUGAUGCAGGAAAGAGCGCGGAGAGCGGUGGUAGAUACAUCGUCUAUACCAUCCGCACUGGAAAUCUCGAGGUUCGCCGACGAUACUCAGAGUUCGCUUCCCUGCGAGAGGCGCUCACCCGUCUACACCCUACCUUGAUCAUACCCCCCAUUCCCGAGAAGCACACGAUGGCCGACUACGCUGCGAACCCGACGAACGCGAAGCAAGACCAGCAGAUUAUCGAUCUGCGGAAGCGCAUGCUCGCCGUGUUCCUGAACCGCUGUCGGCGCAUGGAUGAAGUCCGGACUGACGGCGUCUGGUGGAGAUUCUUGGACCCCAAUGCUAGCUGGAGUGAGGUCCUGCAUUCCCAUCCGGUAGCCUCGGUCCCUAAGUCCGUCCUGAAGGCACCCCCUCUGGACCCUGCAAACCCGACACCAGCUCACGCCUUUCUUCCCGUCCCAGCCAGUUCGGCGAAGCUGAGGACGACCGGUGGGCCGGGUGUCGACCCCAAUGCAGUUGCCGGCACAGGCUCUCACGUCUUCGGUCGUUUCCCGCCCGACAGUCACACCCUCAGCGAACAAGAACUCGACCCAUACUUCAUUACAUACGAAGCCUCGAUUAAGGAGCUGGAGCAGCUCUUGUCUGGAUCUAUGGAGAAGGUCAACCGCCGGACACUGAGCCAUCUUUCAGUCCUCGCUGCGGACCUCUGCGAGCUGGGUUCAAAGUUUAAUGCGUUUGCGCUGUCAGAGCAGGCUCCGUCGCUGGGCCCCGCGCUUGAGAGAGUAGGACAAGCGGCGGACUCGUCUUACAUUGCGACAGAAGAGCUGUCUGGAUCUCUUGGCGCAAGCUUUGCCGAGCCCAUGCGCGAGAAUGCGCAGUUCGCGGGUGUUGUCCGCAGCGUACUGAAGUAUCGGGUUCUGAAGCGCGUGCAGCAAGAGCAGACGAGCGAUGAACUCAAUAAGAAGAUUGCACUGCUUGACCAGUUGGAGCGGAGCGAACAGGAGGCCAAGCGCAUCGAGCAGUACCUCAGCAGCAGUCAGCAGAUUACACCCCCGCCGAAGCGAUCCACCAGCCUGAGAGAGACUGGAAACUCGCAUCAUCAACGCGAGGGUAGCGCCGAAGAUACAGCUUCGAUCGAUUCCGAUUUCCCGCCCACUCAUGGAGAGCCGGCGCCGUCCGCGAGCCAGGGAGUUCCCCAGAGAAGCAACUCUACGCCAGGUCAUAAGAAGGCCGCUAGCAGCAACUCGAUAACGAACAAGAUUUUCGGACCGAUCCGUCACGCUAUUCAAGGGGUAGCAGACGUCGACCCCGAGAGGACCCGCCGCGACAUGAUUGGAAAGACGAGAGAGAGUAUUGAGCAGUUGGAGCAGGCGAAGGUGGUUUCCGAGCACGACGUUAAGGAGGCCAGUGCAAGCAUCCUCAAAGACCUGAAGAGAUUCCAAGACGAGAAGGAAGAGGAUUUGCGCCGCUACAUGCUGGCGUACGCCAAGAGUCAAAUUGAGUGGGCGAAGAAGAACAAGGAGACUUGGGAAGAUGCCAAGGCCGAGGUCGGCAAGAUUGACGAGAGUUAG